AUUCACUUGCGGCACCGAGCCUCAGAGAUGGCGGGUUGGGGGCAGCAGGGCGAGAUGACAGAGUACAAGAAGAUCCUGAUAAAGCGGGACCUGGAGAUGGGCGUGGUGAUGACGGUGUUCCGGCAGAAGGCGGAGCGGCUCACUGUGCAGGUCAUCAUGGAGACCCGGCAGGUGGCCUGGACGCGCACCGCGGAUAGAACUGACGGUGUUUUGGACCUGUUUGAGAUCAGAGAGGUUCGUCCAGGGAGGAACUCCAAGGACUUUGAGCGCUUCAAAGAUGGCAAAGACAAGCACGAUGAGAGCAGCUGCUUCACCAUCUUCUACGGAUCUCAGUUUGUGCUCAACACCCUCAGUGUGGGAGCUGACUCUGUUGACGAGGCACAGAAAUGGCUGACUGGACUAGAACUGCUGAGGCAGGAGACGCUGCAAGCUCCCACUCCAGUCCUUAUAGAGAGUUGGCUGAGGAAGCAGAUGUACUCUGUCAAUCAGACCAAAACCAACAGCAUCUCCAUGAAGGAGCUGAAGGCUCUGCUAGCUCUGCUCAACUACAAGGCCCCCAGCUCCCGCACUCUCAAAGACAAAUUCCAGGAAGUGGGAGCAAAGAAAGAUCGCCUGGACUUUGAGCAGUUUCAUAAAUUGUACAACCUUAUAAUGUUUGAACAGAAUGAGAUCCUUGAUGAGUUCAAAAAGGAAUCAUGUGCUUUUAUUCUGGGAAACACAGAUAAGCCUGAUGCCUCUGCAGUGCUGCUCCAUGACUUCCAACGAUUCCUCAUCUACCAGCAGAAGGAACCCUGGGCCAGUGACCUCAACCAGGUCAGAGAGCUGAUGACCACCUUCAUCGACGACACCAUGAGGAAAACCAACGACCCCGAGUUCACCGUCAGUGAGUUCCUGAGUUUCCUGUUCUCCAAAGAGAACUCUGUGUGGGACGAGAAGUACUCAGAGAUCAGCAACCUGGACAUGAACAACCCUCUGUCUCACUACUGGAUCAGCUCCUCUCACAACACCUACCUGACGGGGGAUCAGCUGCGCAGCGAGUCGUCCACGGAGGCUUAUGUUCGCUGUCUGCGCCUGGGAUGCCGCUGUGUGGAACUGGACUGCUGGGAAGGGCCCGGGGAGCCAAUCAUCUACCACGGAUGGACCAGGACCACCAAGAUCAAGUUCGAGGACGUGGUCAAAGCCAUCAACGAUCACGCUUUUGUCACGUCAGAGUUCCCGGUGAUCCUGUCCAUCGAGGAGCACUGUCCACUGGAGCAGCAGCGGCAGAUGGCCCGGAUCUUCAGAGACGUGUUCGGAGACAAACUGCUGACGGAGCCUGUGGAGCAGCUGGCUGAGCAGCUGCCCUCCCCCACACAGCUGAAGGGCAAGGUCAUACUCAAGCACAAGAAGCUCAGUGUGGAGGGGGGGGGGACCAGUAAGGACUUCAGGAAGGGGCAGAAGCAGGGGGACCUGGAGAUCUGGGACCCUGUGGACCAGCGCUGGAACAGGCACUACUGUGUGAUCUCUGAUGACAAGCUGUACUACGCAGAGGAGACCGAGGAGGAGGACGAAGACCCCAGGAAGUACCAGGACCUGCACACCUCAGAGCCGUGGUUCCAUGGUCGCAUGAAGGAGGGCCGGCAGAUGGGCGAGCGGCUGAUCCUGGACUACUGCACGGAGAACGGAGGAACAGACGGAACCUUCCUUGUGCGACAGAGCGAUACCUACGUCACAGACUUCACCCUCUCCUUCUGGCGCAGUGGGCGGGUCCAGCACUGUCGUAUCCGCUCGGGUUCAGAGGGGGCGCGCACGUACUUCUUCCUGACGCCCAACCUGCACUUCCCCAGCGUGUUCUCUCUGAUCCAGCACUACAGAGACAACCCGCUGCGCUGCCAGGACUUCGAGCUGCGCCUCACUAAGGCCGUGCCGCAGCCCAGCCCCCACCUGCAGGAGGGCUGGUUCUACAGUAACCUGAGCCGAGGCCAGGCGGAGGAUUACCUGCUGAGGAUUCCCAGGGAUGGAGCUUUCCUCAUCCGGCAGAGAGAGGGAGAACCAGACUCCUUCGCCAUCACCUUCAGAGGUGACGGUAAAGUGAAACACUGUCGUAUCCAGAAGGAGGGCAACAUGUACCUGCUGGGAACCACCACAGAGUUUGAGAGCCUCGUGGAGCUGGUGAACUACUUCAAGAAGAAGCCGCUGUACCGGAAGAUAAAACUACGUUACCCAGUUAGCCCCAAGCUGGUGGAUCAAUUCAGCACAGUGAGUUACCAAACCCUUAACCAACAGGAGAAAGGCUGUGCGUCCCUGUAUGACGUGCAGACAUACGUGGAACCCAACGAGAUCGAGCCCUCACUGCCUCAGAGUACAGUCAGGGCUGUGUACAGCUACCAGGCUAAGAAGACGGAUGAGCUCAGCUUCAGUAAAGGAGCUUUGAUACACAAUGUGUCCAAGGAUGGCGAUGGAUGGUGGAAAGGCGAUUUAGGUAGAAGGCUGCAGCAGUUCUUUCCAUCUAACUAUGUAGAGGAAGUAUCCAACAACAGCAGACCUGACACCAGAGAACAGGACAUGGAAGACAACCCACUGGGGGAACUGUGUAAGGGAGUGGUGGACAUCUCCAAGUGCAACGUCCAACACUUGAGGAACGGUAAGAACGGGAAGUCCAACGUGCUGACGCUGCAGGACGUGGACCAGGACAGCUUGCAGUUCGACCUGUCAGCCAGCUCUCUGGAGGAGCUGUUCGAGUGGUACCAGGUGGCCUGGGACAUCACCCAGAGAGAGAUGAGCAAGCAGUACAAGAGGGAGCAGGAGAUCAGACAGCAGGAGGAAGUAGAGAAGAAGGCGGAGGUCGCCAUGGAGAUGUCAGACAUGGUGGUCUACUGUCAGCCACGCAGCAAGGAGAAGGACCGCUUUGAGAGUUACAGCUACAAAGAGAUCCGCUCCUUUGUGGAGAACAAGAUGCCGGGGAAGAGCCGCACCAACGACUUCCUGCAGUACAACCGCAAGGCUCUGAGCCGCAUCUACCCAAAGGGCCAGAGGGUGGAGUCCUCCAACUACGACCCCUACCCCCUGUGGGCCGGGGGCUGCCACAUGGUGGCGCUCAACUUCCAGACUGCAGAUAAAUACACCCAGCUGAACAGCGCCCUCUUCAGUAUGAACGGACAGACGGGGUACGUGCUGCAGCCCGAGCUCAUGCGCUAUGAUAGCUACGACCCCAACCAGGAGAAGAAGAAGGUCAAGUACAAAAUCGUGAUCGCUGCCAGACACCUUCCCAAGCCGGGCCGCAGCAUCGUCAGUCCCUUCGUGGAGAUCGAGCUGUGUGGCCACACAGAAGAGAAGUUCAAGACCGUCGUCUACCGUGAUAACGGUCUGAACCCGCUGUGGAAGUCCCCGGCUGACUCAGCGGUGUUCACGGUGUUCGAGCCUGAACUCACCUUCCUGCGCUUCGUGGUCAACGAGGAGGACAUGUUCUCAGACCCCAACUUCGUGGCUCAGGCUACAUUUCCUGUGAAAGGCAUCCGCUCAGGGUACCGCUCCGUCCCUCUGAAGAACGGCUACAGCGAAAACUUGGAGUUAGCCUCUCUGCUGGUCUACAUCAAUGUACAACAAGCAGGGAAAGCGGAGGAGGAGCUGUACUCGUCCUCCAGCCAGCUGAAGAAGAGGCAGGCGGAGGUGGGGGGCGAGCCCUUCCUGUACGAAACACACACCAACCUCCAGCGCGCCGCUCCCCCUCCCCAACACACCCUCCUGACCAGAGAGGGCAGCACUCAAAGGACAAAAGAGAAAAAGAUAAACAACAGUAAGUUCUACUCGUGAACCGUCUACGUCCCUCCUUGUAUGCCGACUACAUAACUUCACUCCUGUUUGCUUACUCAAGGAAUAUUGAUCUGUGCAUUUGAGAAUUUUAAAAUGGGGACAAGGUAUCAUUUUUGACUUUUUUAUACAAAAUUGUUUUUCUAUUAAAUAUUUUGUGGUCUUAAUAUGUGAUUCUUUGGGGGUAAUUUCUCUAAAAUACCUCUGGUAAAUGUAGGCAACAUUAAACGUAGACCUGGGUGAGACAGGUGGAAGGAAAGUGAUUGUGUGACUCCUUUAUAAUCGAUAAGGUGUGUGUGUUGGGGGGGGGGGGGGGCAUUUCCUCAGAGGGGCCUACAGUGUGUGUUCUGCCAUCCGUCUGAAAUCAAACUGCAUCAUGGAGACUCAGAUUAUAUUUAUUGUAUUCCAAGAGGAAUAUUUCUGAAUAAUGAGCUGCCGUACAGGCUGUGGAUCCUUCAGGGAGCAAAGGUAAAAGGACUGAAAUGGAGCGUAGCAGUCACAUGGCGGCUGUGUGUGUUUGCUGUGUCCUUUCACCAGUGUGACAGUAUCUGUGUGUGUUAUUGUGCUGCCUUUUUGAACAGUUGAUUUAAUGAGAACAUGUCAUGUAUUUAAUUUGAAGCUAGAUGAUGUCUAUUGCUUUUCUGUAAGUCCUCUGAUAAUUUCUUAUGAAUUGAUUCAAUAAAGUAUGCUUGGUGAACUUGA